AUGGCAAACUCAGAGAACUUCAUCGAGUAUGGCAGCGAUGAAGGAGUCGAAAAGCGAGACUACCCAGUCAAGUGGUAUCGGUCUACUUUCUUCAACAUGACCAUUCUUGGACUUUGCAACUUCAGUGCACCAGGUAUUUGGGGAGCCAUGAAUAGUCUUGGUGCGGGUGGAGCGCAAUCGCCACACCUUGUCAACGCAGGCAAUGCGCUCACAUUCUGUCUUAUGGUUGUAAGCUGCUAUUUUAGUAGUGUGAUGGUGCAUUACAUCGGUAUCAAAGGAGCACUGAUAUUCGGAACCAUCGGCUACGCUCCCUACGCGGCAGCACUUUACACGAACAACCGUUUCGGAACCGAGUGGUUUAUAUAUCUUGGUUCCUCACUCUGCGGCAUCUCAGCAGGUGUCUUUUGGAUGGCUGAAGCUGCGAUCGCUAUUGCAUACCCGGAGCCUUGGAAUAAAGGAAAAGCACUUGGCUAUUGGCUCACAUACCGUCUUGCUGGCCAGAUACUUGGAGGGGCUAUCAAUCUUGGCCUCAAUGCUGAUCGCGAUCAAGCCGGCAAAGUUACGUACACAGUGUACUUGAUCUUCAUCGCUUUGCAGUGCAUUGGUCCGGUAGUAGGGCUAUUCUUGAAUCGUCCCAGUCAGGUUCAGAGAAAGGAUGGCAAGAAAGUGAGCCUCGCAAUCUUGGAGAAUCCUUGGUUUGAGAUCAAGGAAACUGGCAGACUCUUCUUCACCAAGCGCUUCUUGCUCAUCCUCCUUUGGAUCGGCCAAGCUGUCUUUUCUGAAGCAGUAUUCUUCACUUAUCUCGCCUUAUGGUUCUCCGUCCGUGCCCGCGCCCUCGGAUCUUUGCUUUCCGGCAUCAUUGCGGUGACGACAGGAAACAUACUUGGCCAGUACCUCGACCGCACCAAAAUACCCCUGCGAACUCGUGCACGUAGUACCUUUUGGGUCAUCGUCGUUUUGCAAGGCGCCUGGUGGCUCUGGGCCACAGUGCUCGUCACUGAGUUCCGCGAUUCGAAACCAACAUACGACUGGCUCUCGCCUGGCUUCGGCCGCGCUUUUGCCGUCUUCAUAUUCUUGACUGCGGGUUUCCAGAUGAACUACCUCUUCCUAUACUUCAUGAUAGGCCAGAUAGCGGUAGACGAACCCGAAGUCAUUCGCUAUGCCGCUUUGUUGAGAGGAACCGAGAGCGCCUGGCAAGCUGUUAGUUACGGAAUCACGAGUGUGACGGUGUUUGCUGAGGUUGGGGCUGUGUACUGGAACUUCGCGCUAUGGGGUGUGGCGGUCUUGCCAGCAUGGUUGGUCAUAAAGGAGUUUGGCACUGGAAAGGUAUCAAGGACGCAGGCUGUCGAGAGCGGGUCAGAGAGCUACGAUCAGCACGAGGUGGAAGAGCCUACGAAAGGUGCAUUGAGUUGA